UUCUGUUUCGGGUUUCAGUAGUAGUAAAACCGGUGCCGAGUAAGCUCCUACGUUGCGUGCCAGCAAGAUAAUCUGCAAAAUCUGACAAAAUUCCCCAUUCCGCUUGAUUUCUACAAUGAAUAACGUCGUUCGAUCUUAAUUUCGGUGUAUUGUUCGAAAAAAACGGUCAUCGUGGCGGCCAAUUCGGGAAAGAAACCCCUCAAAGAUAAUAUGCUCAAAUUAUUGACUCACAAAUUGAGGACGCAUUCUAUAAACGACCCGAAUUUGAUUGAGAAGGUUGAUGAGGAGCGUGAUUCUGGAACUGAGUCUGAUGAUGAUUUAGAACCGGAAUUCGCCAAUGCACGUAUGCAAGAGCGCAUAGUCAAUGUAUCACCAGCAGACACUGGUUGUUCAAUGGAGAGCCCUGCGCCAGAUCAGCACGACCCUCACAGUUCCGAAGAAGAGCUGGAGGUAAUUAAUCGAAACAAGGAAGAAAUCGCCGAACGACCUGUCAGAGCGACGUCUGUAUGCCUGCCUGAAAAAAGAAAAUGGUCUCAGAUCAGCGGAGGAGUUAGGAGUAACAAAGAUAACGUGGAAAAUAUGUCCCCUAAAGAUAAUAUGAGCCCUCGGUCGUCCUGUUCCCCAUAUCAGAAAGAGGAAGCUGGACAACAUUCUGGAUCUUCGGACGACGAGGUCCACCAUCUUUUAGCCAGUAUGUCAACCCCAGUGCAGUUCCGAACUUCGCCACCCCUGGAGGCGGUAAAGCCUGGCAGGAGGACACCCCUAAACAAGACGCGAUCUAUGAGCCCACCAGCGAAACUUUUACAUUACGACCUAUCGCCCAGGAAGCGAUCGAGACAUUCAAGACACUCGCAUGUACAAAGGCCCUAUUUGGACUUCGAAAAGAUGCAACAGGUGAAGGCUAUGUCGGUGACCACAUGGGGUCACGCUGGAGACCACGGAGGCGAAUGGUCCGUCUACUGUUGGUGAGGAAAGCUUAGAGGGCGCUCUUUAUCGCCCCUCUUGCGUAGAAACAACCAGGAAGGUCCCCUUCUCGGGAGCCUGCCAUGCUUAUUCACUCUUAAUCUGGACCUUUGAAGGUCGCAGGUCCUGCAAGACGCAAUCUCGAGAAUCUGCAUGGUGCACCUUCUGCCUGGGUCAAAUACAAACAAGAAAAAAAAAAGAGUGCGGGGAAAGAUCUACUCCUUGAAUUCAAUAAAAUUUUCAAAACCCUUUCACCUCACACUAACUAAUAAUUUUUUUCUGUAAUUGGAUCUUGACGGUCAGUACUAAGGAUGUGUAGAUUUCAUUUAGUUCGAUAAGGUGGACUAAAUCUUCGUCUUACCAGAGAGCCUGGAUUGUGAGUUCAGCUAGAUCUCAGUAUGCUUCUUUAAGAUGCAUAAAUAAUCAGAGAGUCUCUUCAUCCAACAACAAUCCUGGAAUUUUCCAUUCAAAUUAGAGAAUUGAGUUUUCAACUUGAAGCCAGGCACGAAUUUCAAAGUGGGCCUAAGGAAUUAGUCACUGGUUGAAAACUUCUUCGAUUGUUGUUGCAGGUUGCAAAGGGAUUCUCAGACUGAAACUGUGUACCUAUUAUAUUAGUAAUAACUAAUAUUUCGAUAACCUCAAAGUGGAAUAAUCAUUCCUACAUGUAAGAAAUAUUAAUAUUUUAGUUGAUUCUGAGAUUGUGUGUUUUAAUUUUUACUGCAGAGAAUAAUUUUCAGGUACUACUCAAAAUUUGUUGAAAAUUACCAAUAGAAAAAGUUUUAAAGUUAUAUAACAGACCUACCAUAUAGCAACAGGUAUCUAGUAGUUGGUGAUCAAAAUAAUCAAGCUGAAAUACUACAUACUUCAAUGCAAACCUCAUCUAAAGGUCAUAUGAUUCAUCCUCUAAUAAAGGUCCAUAAAAGUAAAAAUAAUUUUCAUAAUGGCCUGCUACAAUUUGUAAUGAAGUAUGAAAUAAGUUUCAGUAUUUGCUGUCUGAACUACUAGAAUCCUUGAUGAAAUGUCGAUAUAUGUUCCAAUGCACUCACUAUAAAACUGAAUGUAUUUCUGAUACAUACCUAUUCCAUAGAAAUUUCUAGGUAAAAAGGUUCUCAAUAAUAGUUUUUAGUUGUUUCAUACAGAAUAACUAGUUUUUAAAAAUCUAUAUGUGUUAGAUUACAAUAUUUACUAUGCUUUAUUUCUCGAGUAAAAUAUUUUCUACAGGAUAGCAUUAAUGCAACGAAAUAGUCUGAAAAGAUUAAUUAAUAUUAAAACAAGCCUCUUUUUGGCCUUCCUUUCAUGUACAUAUUAGAUAUGUAUAGGCUAUAUUCUAUCUAAAAAUCUUCCUCUUAUCCCUUUAAUCGAACUUUGCUCUUCUCCUCGUAGUUCCAUAAAUCCAUUUUACUUAUGAAUAAUUAGUUAUAUUCUUCAAAAUUAUCUCAGAUUGAAUAAAGACAAAAUCAUCAAAUUCCUAUGGUCCUCAAAAAUUUAUGAAUACAUGAGAAAUAUUUUGCUCGAAAUGAAAAGCCAUGUUUUUGCCAUAUUUAGAAAAUACAUCUUAGGCACUACUAAUAAAUGUCUUGUGGUAGUUUUAUGAAAUUAAACAACUCAACAUGCUGGCUAACCAAAUGGAUCGAAAUAUCGGUAGAUAUAAAGUGAAUGAAAUAUUGGUCAAAUCAAAAAUAGUGGGAGAAAAGGUGCUUGAAAGUUUUCCGAUCUAAUUGGAUUAUUACACCCGAAAUGUGCAUUGUGGACUUCAACAAAUUGAAUAUAAAAGACUCUUUUUUAAAUUGUGUGAAGUGUAAUUUUAUAUGAACUUAUUGGUUUUUACUAAACUUCAUAUUUUUGACAAUGUUUUUUGAAUAGCACAAAAUUGAUGUAAAUCGAAUGUUUUUCGACUCAAUAUAUGCAUGAUAUAUGUACUGCAGUACUGAGAGCUGAUGGAAGUAUAUCACCUCAAACAUCUAAAGGGAUUUUCAUUGUUCGAAUUGAAUUUUAUUGCUCAUAAAAAUUGUUUGGAAAGGAAUUAAUGUUCACAGUUUAUUAUAUUUAAGACAUAAUUAUAAAUCAGGGUAAAGAAAACAGUCAAUAAUAAAUUUUCCAAAUGUUAUUUGUAUCUGAUUAUAUAUCAAAAAUUAUUCCAGUGAAAUUAUCAUUUUUGAGAAUGGACGAAAUUGUAAAUAAAAAUGGAUAAUUGUGAAAUUAAUUCAUUUUCUAUUUUAUAUAAUUGAUUUGAUGUGUCUAAAAUAUCAAGUGAAAAGUGUUUAUUUAAGAUGUUAAUCGAUAAGCAAUGCAUUUCUAUCAAGUGAAUAUCUAUUUAAUUGAUAUAUAAUUAUGUCCCUACCUAAAAAAGAAAACGAAAUGUCUGGAUCGAAAUACAUUUUCCAUCAUACUUAGCUUUUUUUUAUUGAAUUAUAACAAAAGCUAUUAUUAUUUCAAUUCGAUAAAGAUAGAUAGAAAACAUAUCAAAAUGGUACAAAGCUCAUUCUGCCAUACUCAAAACAUCCAAUUCAGUCAGAAGUACCUGUCAUAGUGCAAACUUUAACAUCACAAUAUUUUCAAAGGAUAACAUUAAGCUCUUCAGGUGUGUAUGUAUGUAAGAAUAGAUAUUUUUCGAACAAUUGUCCAAAUUGAAAACUGCCCAGAUAAUUUUGUGUUAUUCAUUGUAAUCAUUGAAUGUUGAAUGAGCUGAUUCGACCAAUAACCAUUGUACCUUAGUAAGUUGAGUGAUUCAAGUCGAUUUUGUCACCCAAUUUCAAAGAAAUAUUGUUUAAGAACUGAAAAGCGGUCGAAGAAGUUUAUUCGUUGUAAAAUAGAAUGUAAAAAUUAUUGGAUGUCGAAAAUAUUUACAAUAUGAAGUCAUGAAUUUUUAUAUGUAUAUCUGUAGGUAUAUAUAAAACUACAUAGAUUAAAUAAAAAUACAAUAAGUAUGAUGUAGACAGUUCUGUUUCAGUUAUUUUUAUGUGAAAUUUUCGAAUAAUUUUGUGAUUUAUUUCAAUUUAAGUGUAAUGUUAAGGUUACAAAUCUCGUAUUGAAUAUUUUCAUUCUGAGUGGGUAUAGAAAGUCUUACUAUUUGAAUCAGUGAUAUGUUUCAAGUAUUUUUACGUAUUGCGUAAGCAACUGUUGUGAAUUUAUUACUAGUGUAGUUUCGAAGAUGUGAUAAUUAUGUUGUUACAUAGAAUUGUUCAUGGUUCUAUAUAACUACUGGCACACUUGAUUUAAAUUACUGUUAGUUGCAAUACAAAUAAUUUUUUAUUGACUAACCAUUUACUUAAUAAAUAUUUUUUAUCAUAUUUA